AUGUCGGAGAAUAGUCCAUUUAACCGGAGUGGACUAACACGCCGCAGCCCGCCCUCAACGCCCACGCCGCAGCCCGGCCCGCCCGGGCCCGCACCAGCAAACAUGCAGCAGGAAGAAGAGCCCCCGAAGGUAAUUCCCACGAGUGACAUCCAGACCUGGCUGAAAAAGAUCGAACUGAACCUCCACGACGUAUGCUCUACAUCUGCAGAAGGUAAACUCAACACUGACCAGAAGCUCAGAAUCAACAACCUGUGUCGCAGCGUGAACCACUUAGCCUCACAAAUGGCUAUUGAAUACCAAUCUCUAAAAAGCCACGCAGUCCAAGCAUAUCAGUCUCGCCAAGCGCAGCAGGAAAAGAUGGACCUCGUAAAACGUAUCCAAGAACUAAAGGAAUCGAUUGAGGAAUCCAGCCGACAAGUUUCGGGACCUGUAUCGUUUGCCGACGCCCUUAAGAAAAAUGGAACGAGGUACGUUCAACCAUCUAACAUUAGCUCAGUCGCAAUCUAUCCGGUCGACAAGUUAAAAUCGAGUGAGGAGACAAAAUCUCUCGUUCAAAAGAUUAUCCGGCCCGAAGAAAUGAAGCUGCACGUGAGAGGGUUGCGCAAAAUCAAAAACGGCGGUGUAGUGAUAAGCACUGACUCAAAAGAAGACGUCAUAAAACUGAAGCAAUCGGCGCAGCUUACGACCUCUGGACUCACCGUUGACGAGCCACAAAAACGCAAGCCCAGAAUUGUAGUCAUUGGAGUUCCCGCGGACAUGCAGGAAACUGAAGUCCUCAAGUGCAUUUUCAAUCAAAACUUAGCCGAUAAAUUACAAGAUUGGUCGCUCGAAAAAUUUAUGUCUUCCACUAAGCUCAGUCACAAAUCCGGAAAAAAGGACGCCGAGACCUGUAAUUAUAUAAUUGAAGUUUCUGGAGCGAUACGCAAGGCCUUAAUUACGAACGACAGAGUUUUUGUGAAUUGGUCAUCCUGCCCUGUUAGGGAUUUCACCUUGGUGACGCGCUGUUUCAAAUGUCAGCUUUACAAUCAUGCAGCGAAGACCUGCAAAAUGGAGACCAACAUCUGCGGCCACUGCGGCGAAGCGGGUCACUCAUUCAAGGAAUGCACAAAAAAGGACGAAGCACCAAAAUGUGCAACAUGCUCGCACUACAAGAAACCAUGCAACCACCAAACAGGCGAAGCCGACUGCCCAGCUAGAAAAAUGGCCGAAAAAAGGUAUUUAAACUCUAUAGAUUAUGAAGGCGCCUAGGAGCGCUAACUUUCUACAUACUUAUAUAGCACUUCUUAUUUCAUUAGUUUAACUACCUAUGAACAAUAUCAUAUUUUCUGACCUAGAUAGUUUCUCUGUAUCAGAGUCUAAAGCCUGCGAUGUCGAAACCUGCAAACAACAUGUUCGUCGCUGUCGAAGUCCAUUAUCAAUUUUAACACAAAACAUACGGAGUAUCUGCAAAAACUUCGAUAAUUUUAAUGUAUUUCAACAAAGACUAGAUAUUACUUGUGACAUCAUUGUCUUGACUGAAUGCUGGCUUAGUACUCAUACCAAUCUACCAAAUAUGCCCGGUUACAUUUCGUAUAGCACUAAGUAUAAUUAUAACCAAAAUGACGGGGUAGUAGUUUAUGUAAAAAAUAAUUUAAAUAUCACAGUUGUGGAACCCCAUAUACUAGAUUGCAAUCGGCUCUUAAUUAAAAUCGGAUCAGAUACUGCAGUAUUAGCCUUAUAUAGACCCCCCUCCUUUAGAGAUACCAAUAAUUUUAUCAAGUCCCUGGAUGAAAAUCUAAGUAAACUAACAUCCUUCAAAAAUAUAGUAUUGAUAGGAGAUAUUAAUAUUAACAUUCUAUCUGAAAACAGCGAAUCCUCGCUGACAGCACAAAGCUAUCUUAACCUGUGUUCUUUCCAUGGCUUACUACCAGCGCACACGCUUCCUACACAUCAAAGCGGGUCAUGCUUAGAUCAUAUUAUGGUAAAAUCUAAUUCUUCGGCGUUAGCACUUGUUACUAACUCUACAGUGACCGACCACAGAGCUGCCCUACUAACCCUCUAUCGUAAAUCACGUAGUACAUGCACGCGCACGCAAUUUGUCAAUAAAUUAAAUAUAAACAAACUUGGAGAUGAUUUACGCAAUAUUGACUUUGGCCCCGUUUAUAAUUCUGCUGAUGCAGAAAAUAGUAUGCUGUACUUGACCAAAAAUGUCCAGCAAGCAAUUUUACGUAACACUAAUAAGACACGUUUAAAUAGCAAGAAUUUUAACAAAAAACCAUGGAUAACCACGGGACUUCUUCGAUCUAUGAGACACAGGGAUAAACUACACUUGAAAGCUAAAGCAAAUCCAGACAAUCUUAUAUUGCAACUGACGUAUAAAAGAUAUCGUAACUUUUGUACCAACUUACUAAAAAACAUAAAAACAAACUACGACAAAAAACAACUGGAAAUUGCUGGAAAAAACAGUAAAUUAGUUUGGAAACAUCUUAAAAACGUAACACACACAGCAAAACAACGUGAAUCAUCCGCAAGUUUGCUGCAAGCAGGUCCGUCCGAAUUGUUGGCUGCAAAUAACACAAAUGAGUUUUUCGUUAACAUAGGCAAAAACCUGGCUGAAAAAGUCCAGGGAUUUUCAUCGCCACUCCCUUCAAGAUUGCUAUCCGAACCAAACAAAUCUUCCAAAUCUUUUGUGUUAUUAAAUACGGAUGAAACUGAGGUUGACAGAAUUAUCAUGAACUUAAAAGAGGAUUCCGCGGUUGGUUGGGAUGGCAUCUCGAACAAAAUAAUAAAGACCUUCAGACACAUCCUAGUUCCACCGCUAACACACAUAUUUCAAAAAUGCAUCUCUGAAGGAAUUUUUCCGAAAUGUUUGAAAAAAUCCGUUGUAGUCCCUAUCCACAAAUCUGGUAGCAAAGCUCAAGUAACAAAUUAUAGACCGAUUUCUCUGUUACCAGCGACAUCCAAAAUCCUAGAAAAAAUUAUUAAUAACAGACUUGUACAAUAUCUCGAGAAGAAUGCCUUUUUGGCAAAGACACAGUUUGGUUUUAGGCCAAAAUUAUCAACCGCAGAUGCUGUACACGAAUUGACUGACUAUCUAGUUCAGGAAUUAGACAAGGGUAACAAGACAAUUGGCAUCUUCCUGGACCUCGCAAAAGCAUUUGACACUGUUUCUACUCCCAUUUUACUGCACAAGCUCGAAACACUAGGUAUUAGAGGAACACAGCAUAGAUUAAUCGCGAGCUACCUAGACGGACGUACUCAAUGCGUAAAAAUAGAUAACAUCAUAAGUUCCGAUUUAGAAAACACUCCUUUUGGCUUGCCCCAAGGCAGCGUUUUGGCCUCGACCCUAUUUUUGAUUUAUAUUAAUGACCUAUGCAACCUAAAAAUAGAUAGUGGCAAAAUCAUUUCCUACGCAGAUGACACUGCCCUACUUUUUUCCGCAAAGUCAACAAACGAGGCCUACGAGUAUGCUCAACGCGGAUUUGAUGCUGUAACUAACUGGCUAAAACUGCAUCUACUAACACUGAACUCCGACAAAACGAAUUUUAUAAGAUUUUCCAUGCGGAAAACAGAUCCGGUCGCACAUAACCUCAAACUUUACGCACAUAACUGUAAGGAAAACUCGAAUAAUCUCUGCUCAUGUCAAUCUCUAGCUAUUACUGACAAAAUCAAGUAUUUGGGAGUCCUGAUAGACGAAACCCUCUCUUUUAAAUAUCACAUUGAAGCAUUGUGCAAUAGAGUUCGAAAGUUAAUGUUUAUAUUUAAAAAACUUCGUUCAAUCGCUGAUUCAAAUUUAAUCAAACAAGUAUACUUUGCGCUAUGUCAAUCGAUACUAACUUACUGCAUCUCGUCUUGGGGUGGCACAGCUAAAACUACACUACUAACCCUAGAAAGAGCUCAAAGAGCCUUAUUAAAGGUAGCCACUUCCCGCCCAUUCCUAUACCCUACUGACCUCCUUUAUAAAUCAUGUGAAGUACUAACUGUUCGUCAAUUAUAUAUAUUAAGCACAGUACUAAAGCAGCACGCCAGAACUCCUUUCAACACUGAUUAUAGAAAUAAAAGGCGCAAAGAUAUUAUAUGCAUGCAAACCGUACAAAGAAAAUACGUAUUUUCAUCUAGAUUCUUUGUCUUUUUGGGCCCAUUUUUGUACAACAGGUUAAAUGCAA